GUUUUGAUAACGUCGUACUUAUCAGGUUCACAACUCAUGGAAGCCACUGUCGGUAGACAACACACUUUGGUCAAGAACUAGACCGGAGCCUGGACGUUUCUGUGUGACAACCUAAUACUGUCAGUGUACAUUUACGUUGAGUGAGAGAUGUCUCUGAGACUAGGAUUAAAGGCUGUGUCCUUGUGGCGGCUGAAUCAACCUCAAAGAGUGCUUUAUCAUUUGAAGAGCAUAUCACUGCAAGAAUCUGUCCUGCGGGAAAAAAAGCAUUGGAAGCCUUAUUCCAGGUAUUUGACGAAAUUUUCAUUAUUCCAGCAGUCUUGCAUAAGAACUCAACAGUAUUCAUCAGAAGUGAAAGAUGAACGAUUUGUGUCCACUCCACUAUAUUUACGAUCACUGGAUCAUUUGGACAACACUGCAAUCAUCGAUCCACAUGGCAGUUUUACAUACCGAGACUUGCUAUACUUCGGGUAUAAGAUGAAGCAACGCCUAAUAGAAAGUUGUAAGGUAGAUCUCUCCAACACGCUUGAAAACCAUAGAGUGGCAAUACUGUGUGAGAAUGACAUGUCAUUUGUGACAGCUUUGUGGGGAAUAUGGAUGGCAGGAGGAGUAGCAGUGCCUCUCGCCAAGACACACCCACCUUCAGAACUUGAAUACCGUAUAAAGGAUGCCCAGUGUUCUGUUGUGGUGACAUGUUCUGAAUUUAAGGACAAGGUAGAGGGUAUUACCACCGACUAUGGAAUUCCGUGCCUAGAGUUGACCUCAGCAGAUUACACAGAAUCCUGCCAGAAAGAGUUUGAUAUUCAGAAGGUUCAAGAGGAUUGGUUUGGGACGUCCACUGGUCAACUUCUAAAUAUGGCUAGAGCUGGUUAUUUUGAUGAUAUUCCAGCUGUCAUUAUCUACACCAGUGGUACUACUGGUAACCCAAAGGGUGUUGUGCUGACCCACAGGAAUGUCACAGCCAACAUGGAAGGGAUGGUGUUGUCCUGGAAGUGGGCCAGCAGUGAUAGAAUCCUUCAUGUCCUUCCACUGUAUCAUGUUCACGGUCUGGUGAAUGCACUCAUGACCCCCCUGUAUUGUGGUGCCACCUGCGUCAUGUUGCCAAAGUUCGAUGCACAUCAGGUGUUGAUGAAGCUGACAGGAAAUGAUAACAUCACUGUGUUGAUGGCAGUUCCCACUAUUUAUGCAAAAUUAAUAGAUUACCUCAAGGUAAUGGACCAAACUUCUGAUCUAUCCUCUAGUGAUGAAGAUUUCAAGACAAAAGCCUGUGAAAUGAAGUCAAGGAUAAGGCUAAUGGUCAGUGGCUCGGACGCACUCCCCAGAACUGUCCUGGAACAGUGGGGAGUAAGGACUGGUCACUUCCUGUUAGAGAGAUAUGGGAUGUCUGAGACGGGCAUGAUUCUCACCAACGAUAUUGACACAGUACAUUCCAGUGAUUGGGAAAAGAAGAAGAAAAUUAUUGGUACCGUAGGGAACCCAAUGCCUUACGUCAGUGUGAGAAUUGUGAAGUUUGCUGAGGAUAAUCCAGACAAGUAUGACAUACUGUGUGAGGGGACACCAGAGGGCACUACUGUCUAUACAGAUGAAGAUGUUACUGGAGAGUUACUGGUUAGGGGCCCCAAUGUGUUUGGUAAAUACUGGAACCUACCAGAAGCCACAGAGAAAUCAUUUACACAGGAUGGCUGGUUUAUCACAGGUGACAAUGUUCACUACAACGGUGAGCUGUACAAGAUACAGGGACGAGUCAGUGUUGAUAUCAUCAAGGUUGGAGGCUUUAAAAUCAGCGCCCUUGAUAUAGAGCAGGUGCUACGGACACACCCACACAUCAAUGAUGUGGCAGUUAUUGGGAAGCCUGACUCGGUGUAUGGUCAGAAGGUUGUGGCCGUCAUUUGUCUGCAUGUAAAUACAACUCUGACACUGGAAGAAGUUAAAAAAUUCUGUAUAGACAAACUACCUAGUUAUCAAAUCCCCACUGUGCUGGAAGUAAUGACUGAGUUACCAAGAAACCAUAUGGGCAAGUGUAAUAAAAAACGGUUGUUGAAGGAACUUUACCCACCAGGUAAAAGUCACAAUAUCAUACAACCCAAUGCUUACUAGCGAUGUGACAUUCACUUUGUUAUGUAAUUGUUAUCCAGGGUAAUACAGCAUUCUUGUGUAGCAUUUGUAGACAUUUCUUAAGGUGCUUCAUCGCCAAACAAACAUUAUUAAUGAUUUAUUGAUAAUCAGAUUUGAAAAAGGCUACUUUACCAUGUUACCUAUUUCACACUGUUUCCAACUUCCAUAAGAUGCAUGCAUACUUCACACCAAUACCAUCCUCCAAAAGUUACAUACUUUACACCAAUUACUUCCCUCCAAAAGGUACAUGAUUUACACUAUAACCAUCCUCCUAACGUUGCAUACUUCACACCAAUACCAUCCUCCUAACGUUACAUACUUCACACCAAUACCAUCCUCCUAACGUUGCAUACUUCACACCAAUACCAUCCUCCUAACGUUACAUACUUCACACCAAUACCAUCCUCCAAACGUUACAUACUUCACACCAAUACCAUCCUCCUAACGUUACAUACUUCACACCAAUACCAUCCUCCAAACGUUACAUACUUCACACCAAUACCAUCCUCUCAAAGCUACAUACUUCACACCAAUACCAUCCUCCAAACGUUACAUACUUCACACCAAUACCAUCCUCCAGAAGUUACAUACUUCACACCAAUACCAUCCUCUCAAAAUUACAUACUUCACACCAAUACCAUCCUCCAAAAGUUACAUACUUCACACCAAUACCAUCCUCUCAAAGUUACAUACUUCACACCAAUACCAUCCUCCAAACGUUACAUACUUCACACCAAUACCAUCCUCCAAACGUUACGUACUUCACACCAAUACCAUCCUCCUAACGUUACAUACUUCACACCAAUACCACCCUCCAAACGUUACAUACUUCACACCAAUACCACCCUCCUAACGUUACAUACUUCACACCAAUACCAUCCUCCUAACGUUACAUACUUCACACCAAUACCAUCCUCCAAACGUUACAUACUUCACACCAAUACCAUCCUCCAAACGUUACAUACUUCACACCAAUACCAUCCUCCAGAAGUUACAUACUUCACACCAAUACCAUCCUCCAAAAGUUACAUACUUCACACCAAUACCAUCCUCUCAAAGUUACAUACUUCACACCAAUACCAUCCUCUCAAAGUUACAUACUUCACACCAAUACCAUCCUCCAUAAUUUACGUACUUCACACCAAUACCAUCCUCCAAACGUUACAUACUUCACAAAAAUACCAUCCUCCAAACGUUACAUACUUCACACCAAUACCACCCUCCAAAAGUUACGUACUUCACACCAAUACCAUCCUCCUAACGUUACAUACUUCACACCAAUACCAUCCUCCUAACGUUACAUACUUCACACCAAUACCAUCCUCCUAACGUUACAUACUUCACACCAAUACCAUCCUCCUAACGUUACAUACUUCACACCAAUACCAUCCUCCUAACGUUACGUACUUCACACCAAUACCAUCCUCCAGAAGUUACGUACUUCACACCAAUACCAUCCUCCUAACGUUACAUACUUCACACCAAUACCAUUCUCCUAACGUUACAUACUUCACACCAAUACCAUCCUCCUAACGUUACAUACUUCACACCAAUACCACCCUCCUAACGUUACAUACUUCACACCAAUACCAUCCUCCUAACGUUACAUACUUCACACCAAUACCAUCCUCCAAACGUUACAUACUUCACACCAAUACCAUCCUCCUAACGUUACAUACUUCGCACCAAUACCAUCCUCCAGAAGUUACGUACUUCACACCAAUACCAUCCUCCAAAAUUUACAAACUUCACACCAUUUACACGCUCCAAAUCUCUGCAUUCUUUUUUUUAUCUUUUGAAAAGUACGUUUUGGUUUUAUAAGCGGUCAUUUGUUGGGGUGCUGCUAUUCUUUUCAUUUGUUGUUAAUUUGACGAAACAUCCAAUGCAUUUUAUUGAAACACAGUGCAUCAUACACUGUCAGCAGUGUAGCAUCUUUCAGAGAACGUGUAACUUAACUAUUUAGGGCUUCCUUACCAAGUCCUAUCAGAUCCCUGACCUUCCAAAUGCAGAAUCUAAUUCAGACAAGGAAUAUGAUUUACUGAAUAUGAAAUACAGCAGAAUCAUCAUCAUGUACACAUGGGAGGGGACGCCUCUCUUUUCUCAUAGUUUUCCUUUUCUCUGUGCAUCUAAAAAUCCCUCUGGAUCCAGUUUUAAAGAAAAAACAUUCACGACAGACGCAGUACCAUGACAUAAUCUUUGGGACAGUAUGAGCUUAUAUUAAAAAUAGUUACACACAUUUCAUUUUAUAACUUUUUAUUUUUUAUCACACACAUGGACAGGAGAGCAUUUAUGAUUAAAUAUGAAUAUGAUUGGUUAAUAUUUGUGAUAAAAUAUUACAGAUGAUUUAUUGUAAAUGAUAUGUGAUAUUACAUCGUGGGUCGUUUUAAACAGAUGUCAUACUCAGUAUUUUUAUAUGAAUUUUUAUUCCAGAAUGUGACAAUCAUUAUUCUUAGAAAUGAGGUUGAUUUACGUUGGGUCUAUAAUAGACUUUAUUUUUAUUGAUUGAUUAUGAUUAUUUUACAAGUCACUCUUUGGGCCUGGAAUGAUUUGCUUCAUUCCAAAUAUCUUUUUCGAGAAUGAAUGUUACAUGGCUGAGUGUGAUGUUUAAAGGUAAUAAAUAUGAUUUUUUUUGUAUAUCCACGAAUGUUACAUGGCUACAUUGUAUAUGUGACCUUUUAAGGUAAUAAAUAUGAUUUUUUUUAUAUAUCCAUGAAUGUUACAUGGCUACAUUGUAUAUGUGACCUUUUAUGGUAAUAAAUGUGAUUUUUUUGACAUAUCCACGCCUGUAACUUAGCUAUGUGUGACUUUGUAAGGUUUUAAGGGGAUACAAUUAUUUUGUGACAAUCCACAACUUUUACUUGGCUUGAGUGACCUCUUAAGGUUUAAAGAUAAUACAUACAGGUACUGUUA